AUGGUGAGAACCCGAAGAGAAACACAACCAAGGGAGGCAGCAAGGGAACCUCCUAUUGAACCGAUUCAAUUGGUUAUGGACCGACUAGAGGAACAGCAGAAAGUGAUGCAAGAAAUUCAGGCAGCCCAAGCCCGCCAAAACCAGGAACGCGAUGCUGCCAUAGCAGCCGCAGUGACAGCAGCGAUAGCACAGCUACAACAGGCCGGGCCAAGCGUGGCCGAGGCACCACAACCAGCUCAACCUCAAGAGCCGGCAGCUGAGCAGGUACGACCUGUAGGGGAUCCUGAUUCACUAAGACAGUGGAUCAAACGAUUCAGUGCACAGAAUCCCCCGAGUUUCACAGGGACAUUGAAUGUCCAAGUGGCUGAGGAUUGGAUUACUCGGCUAGAGAAGAUUUUUAAUGUACUUGAAUGGCACAAUUUCCAACAGAAGAACACCGAGAUGAUCCUCCAAGAGAAUGCAACCCCUAUUACCUGGGAAGUGUUCAAGGAACACUUUAAUUUGAAAUACUUCCCACUGUCAAUAAGAGACGAAAAGGAGGUGGAAUUUCUGAUGAUUCAGCAAGGUCCCCGAGAGUCCUUUGAUGAGUACCUAGACAGGUGCAUGAGGCUCUCUCGUUACUCUAACUACCUCCAACUCCGCAAUGAUGAGCGGUGGAAAACAGAGAAAAUGAUAAGGGGACUAAGGCAGGAGCUGAGGGAGAAGGUAGCCCCACGGCAACUUGAGAAGUUUAAUCAGGCAGUGGAAGCUUGCCGGAUUACUGAAAGUAGCCUGAACCACCAGGCAGUAGUCAGGGUCGCUCCUAGACCAGAAGGACUAGCAACAAGGGGCGGACCAGAGAGGACUUCUUCUGGAGGAAAUAGAAAGAGGCAAAAGCCUAUGUUUUCUAAGAAGUUUAAACGAGGAGGAGGAGUAAGGCAAGGAGGAAGCAGCACUACGCGCCAGACCAAGGAAUGUAGCAUCUGUGGUAAAAACCACGGAGAUCAACCAUGUUUGAUGGGUCAAAAUGUGUGCUUCCGAUGUGGCAAGCCAGGACACUAUAUAAGGGAGUGCCCCCUUAAUGUGGAUGGCUCAAGGCCCCAAGCUCAAGGGAGGGUCCUUGCCCUCACAAGGGAAGAGGCUGAUAAGUCGCCUGAGAUGAUACAAGGUACGAUUCAAGUUAACAAUUACCUUGUGCAUGCUAUGUUUGACUCGGGUGCUAGCCACUCCUUUAUUGCAUAUGAUUGCGCAAAGCGCAUAGGCCUUGAUGUUAACACAUUACUAUAUGAUCUAUGUGUGGCUACUCCUACGGGCACUAAAGUUUAUACGUCUGAUGUUUGCCUAAAUUGUAUUGUCCGGUAUGCCCACUGUUGCACUACACUUGACCUAAUAUGUAUGCCUUUUCAUGAGAUUGACGUGAUACUUGGUCUGAAUUGGCUGUCUACCCAUAAUAUACUCCUUGACUGUAAGAAUAGGACUUUGAUUUUUCCUCCCCAUGAGCUAACCCCUCAUACCGAGGUGAAACUGAACUUGAUCACGGGAACCCAAGCCGGGGAUUGCCUAAGACAUGGCUGUCAGGGGUACGUGGUAUUCUUCUCUGUACAUGCGGAAGUGGAAGAAGGCAUAACAAAGAUACCCGUGGUAUGUGAUUUUCCAGAAGUCUUUCUGACUGAAAUUAGCGGGUUACCUCCAGAGCGAGAGGUAGAGUUUGCAAUUGACCUAAUACCUGGAGCAGGACCGAUUUCCAAAGCCCCUUAUCUUAUGGCUCCAAAUGAAAUGGCAGAAUUAAAGAAGCAGUUAGAGGAGCUAUUAGAAAAGAAUUUUAUUCGGCCCAGUGUGUCACCAUGGGGAGCACCCGUCUUGUUCUUCCGUAAGAAGGACGACGAUUUGUUAGAUCAAUUAGCUGGUGCCACAGUGUUUUCCAAGAUUGACUUGAGAUCAGGUUACCAUCAACUGAGGAUUAAAGCAGAGGACAUUCCGAAGACCGCUUUUCGAACACGGUAUGGGCACUAUGAGUUCUUGGUAAUGCCCUUCGGACUAACAAAUGCCCCUGCGAUUUUCAUGGAUUACAUGAACAGGAUCUUUCGGCCAUAUCUAGAUCAGUUUGUGGUGGUUUUCAUUGAUGAUAUCUUAGUAUAUUCCAAGUCACUAGCAGAGCACGAACAGCAUUUACGGAUCGUUCUAAGUAUUCUGAAGGAGAAACGGCUAUAUGCCAAACUCAGCAAGUGUGAGUUUUGGCUGAAUGAAGUAAAGUUCUUGGGUCAUGUGAUUACCCAAGUUGGAGUAGCAAUAGAUCCCAGUAAGGUGGAAGCAGUUUUGAACUGGGAGCAACCAAAAACAGUAACAGAAAUACGAAGCUUUCUGGGAUUGGCAGGUUACUAUAGAAGAUUUAUUAAGGAUUUUUCAAGAAUUGCACAGCCCUUGACUAAACUUACACGUAAGAACCAGCAAUUCGUGUGGGAUGAUAAAUGUGAGGCUAGCUUCCAAGAGCUGAAACGAAGGUUGACCUCAACCCCUGUGCUGAUAAUUCCCGAUCCAACCCUACCGUAUGUUGUAUAUACCGAUGCUAGCAAGCAAGGAUUGGGGUGUGUAUUAAUGCAGCAAGGACGAGUAGUCGCCUACGCCUCACGACAGUUAAAGUCUCAUGAAGAGAAUUAUCCCACUCACGACCUAGAAUUAGCUGCAAUAGUUUAUGCCUUAAAAAUCUGGAGGCAUUAUCUAUAUGGGGCAACCCUUGAACUAUAUUGUGAUCAUAAAAGUCUCAAGUACCUGCAGGAUCAAAAAGAACUAAACAUGAGGCAACGACGAUGGAUGGAGUUGCUCAAGGAUUAUGAUUACCAGAUAAAAUACCAUCCAGGCAAGGCUAAUGUGGUAGCUGACGCCUUAAGCCGAAAGGUAGUACAAGUAGCAUUCUUAAUGAUUCAGGAACGAAAACUCAUCGAAGAUGUGAGGGAUUGGGAACCUUUAUUCCAUAUGAAACUAAUGACCCAGAAAGUAGAAGUGACAAGAGCAGAAGCCCAACUGAUAGAGCAAAUCAAAGAGGCCCAGAAGAGCGAUCCGAUAGCUGAUACACUUCGAAUUAAGCUAACAAAAGCUGAGGAGAAGCGAUCGAGGUGUCACCAGAUGGAAUAUUGA